GAAAAUGCGCGCUAGGAAGUCUGGGUAGGACAUCAGUAGGUCAGCCAUAUUGUGUGUGCCCGUCCGGUCUGAAGGAGAGAGAGCAUGAAGGGGUUGCGGGGAAUUAAUCACUUAUCGAGGCGCUUCUAUGCGGCAGGCAAGCAGUCUCUGAGUGAGCCUCUGGCUGGCCUCAAGUAUUCCCCACGCGCCAGCAGCUCUUUCCAGGAUGUCCAUGUCACAAAAUUGCCCAGUGGUUUGGUGAUUGCAUCCUUGGAGAACUAUUCUCCUGCUUCCAAGAUUGGUGUGCUCAUCAAGGCUGGCAGUCGAUAUGAAACCCCUGACAACCUUGGUGUCACUCACCUGCUCCGCCUGUCAGCUAACCUGACCACCAAAGGUGCUUCUGCGUUCAGGAUCACGCGUGGAGUGGAGGCCGUGGGUGGCAGCCUGGGUGUGACGUCAUCCAGAGAGAACAUGAUCUACUCCGUGGACUGCUUGAGAGACCACAUGGACACGGUCAUGGAGUAUCUGAUCAACGUGACCACUGCUCCAGAGUUCCGCCCAUGGGAGGUGUCUGACCUCACACCACGGGUCAAACUAGACAAGGCCCUUGCUGCCCAGACCCAACAGAUAGGUGUAAUUGAAGGUCUUCAUGCUGCUGCAUAUAAAAAUAACCUGUCUAACUCCCUGUACUGUCCUGACCACCGGGUGGGCCAUGUUACUUCAGAUGAGAUGCACGCGUUUGUUGAGGGCAACUUCACAAGUGCCAGGAUGGCGCUGGUUGGACUGGGAGUGGACCAUGCCAUUCUGAAGCAAGUUGGGGAGCAGUUCUUGAACAUCCGCAGUGGAAUGGGAACUGCUGGCUCUAAGGCCCAGUAUCGUGGAGGCGAGGUGAGGGACCAGAGCACCAGCGGCCUGGUGCACGCGGGCGUGAUGAGCGAGGGCGCCACAGCGGGCUCCCCCGACGCUCUGGCCUUCAGCGUCCUGCAGCACGUGCUGGGCGCCGGGCCCCACAUCAAGAGGGGAUCCAACGCCUCCAGCAAGCUCAUCCAGGCUGUCUCCAAGGUCACGGCUAAACCCUUUGAUGUUUCUGCUUUCAAUGCAAACUACUCUGACUCUGGUCUCUUUGGAGUCUUCACUAUUUCCCACGCAGCUGAGGCUGGUGAUGUGAUCAAAGCAGCAUUGGCUCAGGUUAAGGCUGUGGCCCAAGGAGGGGCGACUGCAGCAGAUGUCAGCCGUGCCAAGAAUCAGCUGAAGGCCCAGUAUCUGAUGUCCCUGGAGACCUCCGAGGGCUUGUUGGAGGCCAUCGGCACUCAGGCCUUGGGCGAGGGCACUUACCACACCCCGGAAGCAAUGGCCCAGAAAAUUGAUGCUGUGUCAUCAAAUGAUGUUGUCAAUGCUGCGAAAAAAUUUGUUGCUGGCAAGAAAUCGAUGGCAUCCAGUGGACACUUGGCGAACACACCCUUUGUGGAUGAAAUUUAAUCUUCAACCUUUAUUCCCUAAUAUUUAUAAACUGAAUGGCGAACAACUGUCUUUCAGACCAUGUAAAAAGCAACAGGAAUGGUUUUCAUUCUUACGGCCACAUUGUUCAAACAGAAUAACUGUAUUGUCUAAAAAAAAUAACUGUAUUCGUGUCAACAAUCAGUCCUCAUGGUUGUAUUAUUUUUUUAAUGUGGACAAAGAAGUGGAGAGCAGAGGGAUCUUUGGGUCUUUAAGAUUGUAUAGCUGAUGUAAAUGAAUAAAAUCUCUACCGAA